AUGGCCCCUUUUUGGCACCGCCAGAUAUUCGUUUUCGUGGAGCACCAAGGGUGUUGUAAUUUAAACGACGCGGAGACGAGGUUCGACUCUCUUCCACAAUGUGACCGUAAUCAUCAUUUUUACGAUCAACGUUACGCCCAAUCACCAACAGUUGAGCCCCUUUCCGAGGACAUGGUGCGGCUGGUGCGAUCUCAACUGGCUACUCUGUUUUAUGAACGUAUGGCAAACGGAUUCCUAUUCACCUUGCAGUUCAGAUGGGAAUGGAGUGAUGAUAACAUCCAAUAUCGUAUACGGACUUUCAAACAGGUUCGUUUGCGUCCUAGAAUGUUUGCCCCCCUUUCCCCCCUUGUUCGGGAACACCUAUUGGAAUACGCCGACGUCCACGUCGCUUUUUAUUUCGAUUGGUUUCUCCACACCUUCGUACAUGAUAAUAUUGGGUUUUCGCCUCGACGGCUGGGCCGGUACAUCUGGAGAAAAUGGUUCCACUGGCAUGGCGGCCGCCCGCCCUUUUUGGGCUACCAGAAAUUUGCUAAGCCCAUCAAUUUAACGGGUAGUAAGCCCAGGGAUAUGCAGAACCUAAGGGAGUUCCAUCGCAGCCUUUGUGAUGCCGUUGAGAUCGGCCUUAGUCAACAGGAGCUCCCAAAGGCAACCCCAUGGACGCAUCGUUCCAGUCGGACGCGGUUGCAGCCUGCGAAUCCAAACCCGUCACAGCUUACGAAUCUAAGAACUUAUCAAGACAGAGGCCGGGAAAUGGCACAUUUAUUUCGAGCAAUCAUCAUGGUCGUGGAUGGUCAAGUGAUGCGAUACAAAGAGCCUGAAAUAUAUCGCGUCGUAUCAACGCUUCCGGAGGUUGAUGUACUUGCGCAUACGGAGAGAUAUCGAGAUUGGCUCGCUUUCCAGCACUCGGUGCUAUUGUUUAGGACAGGAGACGAUGCACAUUUGAGUUCUCCCGUUAGCUUCCAAUCUUUAUACGACUCGGGGAAAGCAUUGCCAGUAAACAGACCAGAUUACGACGACGACGGGUUAAAUGUGAUACGAGUCCAAAUCGAUACGGCGCUCGAGUUCGUUUUCGACCUAAUCCAACGGGAACGAGAAGCGGUGCCAUCUGUCGGUUUAGCAGCCGAGAAAGAAAAUAGACAGCAUUCGGAAGUCUGCGAGAAGUGGGUUGAUGGUGUUAUGGAACAUGCCGGAAGAGUUGGUAUCGACACGAACGGCUUUACGUGGGAAGCCGUUAGACGAGCUAAGGCCGCGCUGAACGGGGAGGCGUUCGAUGCGUUCCAAGUCGAUCCUCCAUGGAACCAUCUCGGUGCGACUUCUCUACCACUUGGCUGGGUUGAUCCGCCCAAUGAAUUCUGA